AGAUGAUACGCUCAUUCCUUUGUCUCCCAACGACGACGACGACGACCCCACAGAACGCAGCAGCAGAAAUAACUGCCCAUUAUAGUACCUCGUCCUGCAAAGGGAAAUAAUUUUGAGCAAUAUUCAUAUUGUUGAAGCGCUCCCCUACUUCAUCAUCCCGCUAGGGAAGCAAUACCCACCAGUCUUUAUUCAGGAUAGUACGCUAGAAAGCCAACAAGCGCAAAAUCAAUUUCAAUUUCAACUGAAAGUGUGGCCGAUUCGCUCCGGCUACUAGUACCCUCACAGCACAUAGUGGUAAAUAUCUAAUUACACAGGUCAAGACUCCGGCAAAUACAAAUAGUUGUAAAACGGCACCACAAAAGCAAGAAAUUGAAAUUUGAAAUCUACGAUAGGGUGACGAAGUAGAUGAUGGUUCUGUAAUAUCAAGGACAAUUUUUGUGUAUCAUGGUCGUGAGAGAGAAUUGAAGAGAACUAGAAAAGAACAGCAAGUUUUGUACGCAAAAGUAACCAAGAUGGCCCGGCUCAUCGAUGACGUUUAUCCUGGGUAAAAACCGCUAAGUACUUAAUACCCAUUCCACAAGAUGUACUCCUACUUGUCAUGCAAAAAUCUGCAUGGGCGGCGUUCUACACUAAGUAGGUGUUUGGAAACUGUAAUUGGUCAUGCUUGUGAGAAGUCUGGAAGAAAAGAAAGUAGCUAUAGUCAAACGGAAACGUGCUCUACUCAAACUUCCCUUUGGGAUUUUACUUUUCAAUAUAGUCAAACGGAUACGGAAACGAGAAGUCGCGCGAGGUAAACAAGAGUAACGCAGUGGGUAGUUUUUUGGUUUUUCCACAGGAUACUGUCCGGGCCCGACACAGCCACGCGAAGUCCACCGAUGCAAAAGCACCGCCGGCCAACAAGGCGAGCAGUAGUGCCGUCGGUGCGACGCAGGGAAGUGGCGCUACAGGGAGUGCUGCUGUGACCACGACAUUGGGCGCAUCGAAAGCAGCAGGAACUACACGGGGAAAAGUGCCUGCUUCGACGUCGCAACAGCCGCGCAGCAAAGCCGACGGUGGACAACCUGCGAGUGCUGCAGCUUCGUCUUCGUCUACUUUCCGGACAACUGGUGGUGCAGCUCCCGGAGCAGGACAACAACCGCCGGCGUUGCACGCCCCGCAGCUGAACAAUUUGAACUACGACAAACUCUCGCAGCAGCAGGUAGAAGUAGGACACCAGCAACCGGACGUGAUUUUCCGUACCGGCAGCCUGGUCGUCGUCAACGACCCCAACAGCCCGAGUUCUUUCCAGAAGAAUGGAUCUGCCGGAUCUUCCAUGGUGGUGCAAUCCUCGCUCGUCCCCGACCUGCGGCAGCCGCAGCUCGGCAGCGGCGCUGCUACUGCUUCUGCUACUACUUCCCUGAUGGUGGAGCCGCAGCAAACGAUCAACCCCAAUUCGUCUCAGUGGCGCCCUGCACAGCAAAACUCCAACAAUAAAUUCGGGGGCCGAACGUCGAAGUCCUCCGGAGCGGUUGUUGUAAGCGGCACCAACAGUACAACUACACUUCCGCGGCCCAGGCACGCGAAGGAGAUUCUGGGACAGGCAAGUUCGCUGCUGCAACAGCAGGCAGCCAUGCGAACCUCUACCAGCGGGGGAGGCAGCACUACGCCGAACAACACCGUCCAGCCGAACAACACGUCGGGUUCUUCGUCGAAAAAAGACCCCCGCACGAGCAACUCGACCAACAACAAUACACCACAACUGGCUGUUCCUGCAGAAGAAGUAGAUCAACAUCCGCUGCAACAGCGAGGGCUGGUCGGUGGGGUCGUGCCCCAGCAGCAGAACAAAAGCUCGAAGCUACCCUCUACUGCGUCGGCCAACAAGAAUAAAGGAAACAGUAGCAAGAAGUUCAAAAAGAGCGUGCUCAAGGACGAGCUGGUCGGGGACAAGAAAAGAGCGAAGUCGACGUCGUCCAAGCCGAAAAGUAAAGCUGCUUUAUUGGCCGCGGGGGAACAAGGGAAGAACGGCAGCAGUUCUUUUGAAAAACAAGUCGUGGAGCAGGAAGAGCAGAAACGCGUUCCCAGCCAGAACGAGACCACGAAUGACGCGAACGAAGAAGAGGACGAGGACGAGGCGCGGGAACUGCGGGUGUUCAAGAACUUGCUUAAAACGCAUGGGUAUGUAUUGCAAAAAUGUCUGGGUCUGGAAGAAUGCAACUUGUGAUGCUAUUUUUGGAAUCGAAAAAAACCUGUAUUGCAUGAGCAGCAAGAAACGUCCAGUUUUUGCUCCGCGGAGAGGGGAUUUCUCAUGCGGGAUAGGCAUCAAGAUGCCCGCAAAAAAAUUGUGAUGCUGGGGCAUACAUCACAGAUAUCACGGGUCAUGCAAAAUGUGCAUGACAAGCCGUGCAAUCUUCCAGACCCAGACAUAUUUGCAUUUGAUAAUGGGGAAGCCGCGAAGAAAGUCGCGCGGUACGCUGCCGGGGAGGACGACGAAGACGACGACGGAUAUCCUGAGUAAAUACGUCCCCACACCAUAGUCAGGUUGGAAACUUAGCAACACAAAUCCAGAAGUUUUGGAGGCCACGCAAGACAAGUUGCAGUCUGUAGUGUAGAAGUGCAUGUUAGCAAGGACGACCGCAUCACAAAUCCAUCUGCUUAUCCUGUUUGCAGCAUUACAAAUGCAAAAACGUGAGUGGAAAUGCCUGUCAUGUGGAAGCGCAUUACAAGUGUUCCUGUCAUUGCAAAUGUGCAUGACAACUCUGGAGUCGGGACGUUAUUACACAGGAUAACAGAACCACCGAAUUUAUCUUCCAGGAGUUUCACCUGCCCAUGAACAUGAACGAUGUGGAGUGGGCGAAAGACUCUUCAUGGAUCACGGACGAGGAAUAUCGGUGGUGCCGGGAAGUAAACCAGAGCCAGAUGUUAUCACAAGAAAAAGACUGUGUUAGUGUAACUUUCUUGGAGGAAUAGCAUCACAAGUUUGCUCUGCAUGACAGAGAGAGCAUGUCAUGCGCGGCUAGUACGUGAAAACACGUACGAAAAGAGGCUCUGACGCAUGUCCAGCAUGACAAGUGUAACUGUUUUGCAUCUUCUGCAUCACAGACUUACGCUUACACAGUUUUUUUCUUGCGAUAGAUGUCGCUGCGGCAACUGCAGAUCAAGGCCAUGAUGAUGUCGAAGAUUGCGCACACCUGCGCUGCGACCACGGACGCACAUAUGCAUUGCAAAAGCAUCGUACUAGUACGAAUCGCAUGACAAAUUUUCUCAGCAUGAGAAAUGAAGUUUGUGAUGCGGGUUUGCCUUGAGCCCGGGAUUUGUAAUGCAUGGCCGCGAUUAAGUAGUACGAGCACGAUGCUUUUGCACUGUAUAGCACACACCUUCCAGCAAGUCGUUCACGGGUUCGCCAACUGCGAGGAGCACGUACUGCACGACACCUCCGGACUCAAGAAGAUUGUCAGCGUGUUGGAAGCAAAGGGAAAGGAGAACGAAAGCGUAGGCCGUAGCGGCGUGGAAGAACAAUAUCGAAGCAACACCAUCGCCGGCGAUGAAGUAGGGGGUCCUGCUGCCACGACUAUUGCCGGUACCGCUGGCACAACCUCUCCGUCCUCCGGCGCUGCACAACAAGCUGGACGACCCGCGUCCGACACCACGACGACCUCCCGACGAGCGCAGCAGAACAAGUCGAGCAGUAACGGAGGUUCUGACAAGAAGCCGCAGAAUCUUCAGAGAACCUCCGGUCUGUCGAACGUGUCCACGAGUAUCGCGAGAAACAGUGAAGACCGCCAACAGGAACCGGUGUCUGGGGGUGCAACGACCACCUCGUCGACCCGGAAAAACAACACUUCCGUGGCACCACCGCUCCUCGACGAGGGUGGCAACAACAUAGCUCCUGCCCACACCGACGAUAAAAUGCCCGAGAGGUUGAAGAAGCAGAUUGACCAAGGGCAGAACAAGCAGAAGCGCAACAGCAAGUCCACGGGAAAGAAAAAUUAUGGGAAGAAUAAUUCCACCAAACAAGGGAAGAAGAUCCCCGCCGGUUCUCCCUCCUCUCCGGUGUUGCAGGACGUCGACUCCGAUGCGGGCAGUCCGGAAGACGAAUUCCAGAACAGCUUGAACGGUGUUGACGACGACUCCCCGGAAAUGAUCGGCGCCAUCGAUCUCGUAUCCUGUGCAAAAGUAUCGGACUCGUAGCAAUUGCGUUUAUGCAUUGCAAAUUUUUUUCUUAAGGCAAAGCCGCAUUACAAAGUCAAUUUGUAAUGCUAAGCCGAUUUGUAAUGCAAUUUAUACUAGUACGGUGCUUUAGCACUGCAUAUCUCGAAGACGACCUGAUGGCGGACGAGAUUCUCAAGCCUGCUGCGGGAAACAAGCAAAACAAGAAGACGGUGACAAACGCCAAAAAGGCUGCUGCUGCUGCAGAGCAGGGUGAUGUUCCGCCGGCGAAGGAGGCGAAAGGCAAGAGCGGAAGUACAUUCAACACUAUGCCGUGCAAAAGUAUCUGGUAGUACUCAGUCUCGGACUAUGAAUUGUGAUACGUACUGCAUGAGCAUGGCACCAAAACAACCUGCAUGAUAUCAAAACAGCCUGAUGUAUGUCUGAUGUGUCAAAUGCACACGCUGCUGCAAACUGCAUCUACAUCUGCAUCGACGCCAUAUUUGUCCUUUUUUGUCAAAAAUAAAGAACUUUAUAGCGGCCAGUACGAAAAUACUUUAGCUUUCGGAAUGCAUAAAGACAAAGAAGAAGCAGCUCGGUACCACGACGACCCGCGAGGAGGAACCGGUACAGGAGCGACUGCUGGACAGUCAGCGGGACCAAGAAACGUCGAACCAAAGUGUCGGUGCAGCAGCGUCCCGUAUGCCCGUCUACAUGCAGCGGAAACGGGGGCGGGAGCAAGCAGCUGUCGCUGCGGGAGCUGCCGCCGCGGGAAACAAGACCUCUGGUGCCGCUGCGUCGUCCUCCUCCUCUGCCGGCGUUUUUGAAACGAGCAAUCGCCAGAACAACGCGAAAAAGAAGAAACCGGCGCACCAGCCGCUGAAGGCGCCGACGUUCGAGCAGCUACAAGGGGACGAAGAGCUGCAAGGCGAUCACGGGGGUGACGGUGAGUUCCCCGCAGGCAACAAGGAUAUUACGGACGGCACCCAAAAUAACUUCGAUGCAGACGAGGAGAUGCUGAGAAACACCAGUUUGGUUCUUACGGUGGAUCACAACCAGAUCCAGCCACGGGUUGCCGGCCCGCUCGAGCUGAAGAAAGGGGGAGUGAUGAGGGUAUAGCUUGAUAAUGUAUGGCGCGCUGUGAGAUGAUGAUGAACAGUAGAUCGGAUCUCGGUAAUAUUUUGCGUAAAAAUCAUUCAUACGAUUGCGAGCCAUGUUCAGCACACAGCACGACACAGGAGCCAAAGAAAAUUUUUCGUACUACUAGAACGAGAAUUUUUUACCGGUUUUUGUGAUGCUGAUAAUAAAUCAUGAUUUCACGCAAGCCAAAACGAAAAACAGUUCGACCCGAGUGACGUCGCCAACAAUGCGAACGUGCUCCGGGAGAAGACUAUCAAAUGCAAGUAUGUCUGGGUCUGGAGGAUUGCGAGACCUGUCAUGCAUGUUUUCCAUGACCCAUCUUGUAUGGCAUACAGGACCUAGCAUGACAGAUUCUGUGAUAUCUUCAACAUCACACCCCUCCUGCAUGAGAAACUGCCGCAAAUAAACUUGCUGAAAAGUGGACACCUCCUUUUGGUAAUCAUGCAACAGAAAUCUUUGCACAAUCCAGACAUGACAUGACAAGUGCCCCUCCUUCCAGUGCCAGGCAACAUAUUUGCAAUGCAUAAAGACCUCCGUGCUCCGGGUCGCGAAAGAUGAAGACCCGCAAGUCAACAUUCGGCGCCCGAUCGGCGCAAAAACGUAUCUGGCCGGGCGGAAGCGCGUCAUCGCUACCAGCGUGGGGUUGCACCAACAGAAACGGAUCGAACAGGAGAUCGCGUACUACUUAAAUCUGCUGCGAAUUUCAUGGAGGUCAUGUUGGUUCAGUGGUGCAUAAAUCGCUUUUACUAUCUGAUGUCAGCUGUUGAUGUCUGUCGUGCACAAUCGCUAAACAAAGAACUACAUCGAACACGUACACGGAUUCAUCAAAUGCAAAAAUGUCUGGGUCUGGAAGAUUCUGAGAUUUGUCAUGCAUAUUUUGCAUGACCCAGGAUGUCUGUAAUGCACGACCUAGCAUCACAGAUUUCUAGAUGGCUUCCUGAUGCCUACUCCGUGUGACACACGCCCUCCCCGCGUAGCACAAACUAGACUCCUCUUGCUGGUCAUGCAAGACAGAUUUUUUUAGUGUGCAAAGGUAGCAUCACAAGUUCCAACCUUCCAGACCCAGACGUUUUUGCAGUUGAUAGGAUUUUGAAUCACGAUCAAAACAGGUUCCUCCAGUCCAAACAGUCCAUGACGAACGUGAUGUUUUCUAAGCUGGUAUCACAAGAAAAAGUGUUAAUGUUAACGGUUUUCACAGAUUGCAGCCAUGCAUCACAAAUGUAGCCCAGUAUGCAUGCUAUGCAUUACAAAUUUUGGAAUGUCUUGUGAUGCAUUGCUGCAUCACAAAUUCCGUUAACGUUAACACUUUUUCCUGUGAUAGCUGGCGUUCCGGCGUGCGGUGCGGCAUAUCAAAGGAGACAACUACAAAGACCGCUGUGGAUUUGUCAUGCGGCGGGUGCUCCUUGUGCAUGAAUAUUAUUGCUGUGAUGUCCGUGAACAAGAAACAUCGUAAGUGCACCUGCACAACCAAAUAAAUGCGCAUAUACAUCAAAUCGAUCCGCCUGCUCUUUGCUGUUUCCAUACUUGAGCAGCAGGAAGACCUCGGCUACGCCCACCGCAAGUGGAGUCUCCAGGCGAUCACGCUGUUUCAGAAGGUGAUGGUAUCACAAGAAAAAAGUGUUACAGUUACACAUCUGUUGGAGUUUCUGCAUCACAAAUUUUCUCUGUGUGGAAGAGAAAACUUGUAAUGCAAAGAUCAAAAGGAAAAAGACGUAGGAAACGAGGCUCGCAAGCAUUUCCCGCAUUACAAAGGUCGUCUGUCUUGCGGUUCUUUCAACACAAUGUGUAACUGUAACAGUUUUUUCUUGCGAUAGAUGGAGCAGGGCUUGACACUCCUCUGCGCAAACUCGCUGCUGAUCGCGACGCACGGAAGCCGGGUCACGUUGCAGAGACGAGACCUGUAUGGAUUGCAAAUAUGUCUGGGUCUGGAAGAUCGCAACUUGUCAUGCUAAAUCUGAAUCAUGCAAAUAUCUGUGUUGCAUGAGCGCCAAAAGCUGUCCACUUUCGAACAAGUUGGGAGGGAGUUUCUUAUGCAGGAUAGGCAUGACAGAGACCUCACAGAGUCUAUCAUGCUAGGUCCCGCAUUCCAGACCUCAUGAGUCAUGGAAAACCUGCACGACAAGUCUACACUCUUCCAGACCCAGACAUAUUUGCACUUGAUAACCUACAGCUGUGCCACCGACUCCGGGAAAACAUGCGGAAGGAUUUGAAGCGCAGGUGUGAGAUGUAAGCGGUAUAUCAAAUGCAAAAAUGUCUGGGACUGGAAACUUGUAAUGCUAAAAAUGAAUGAUAGACGCACUGCAAUACGCAGCUAUGCAUGACAAUUUUUUUGGCUGCCAUGUCUUACGUAUUCCGCAUGGCAAACUGCGUUUUUGCAUGACAGGUAAGAAGGCUUUUUCGUGCCUAUGCAACACAGAUUCCCGAGUCAUGCCAGACAAGCAUGACAAACUUGCAUUCUUCCAGACCCAGACAUUUUUACAUUUCAUACGGUAGGACGAGGAACAAGUUCAACAUCUAAAAAAAUACCAAUUGAUGUAUAACAAGGAACUCGCUGAAUUCUUGAUGCGGUGAAAAUGUUUUCACUCGCUUACUAUACGAAAUUCAAAGUUUUUUAGGAAAAACUCUUUAUCAACAAGUCAAACAGAGCCGUCAGUGGCUCAGUGCUGAAGAUGAUAACCCCUGUGAUGUUAUGUUACCGAAAUAAAAUACAGAAGAGGAGAUUGUGUGAUUUACAAAAACGAUUGUGCUUUUGACGGACAACUUCGAGAAAUUGUCCAAGAAUUUCCAUUUACGGUGCGAUUUCGACGACAGUCAGAUUUAACAGCGAUAGGAUUUCAGAAAAAUCCAAGUUUUUUCAAUUUCGAGGAGCUGAUGCGUUUUGUGCUAAGAACGUUACGACAAUAAGAACCCCCUUAUUUUUUUGAUUUCUUCUCCCCUUCAUGUACUUGAGCUCCUCUUUAGUUAUCAAAGUCACUUUACAAUUCAAGCAUUUGUAGCCGUUAUUUUACUCCUUUCCCAAGCUUCAAAAAGUUUAUGCGGGAAAACGAAAACCGAUAUUCAAAUUUAAGAUCUGCGAAAAUAACACGACUCAAGAUUUUUAUAUGUGCGAAAUUAUGUGGCCGUCUGUACUGCUAGUGGAUUCCGAAGAUAUUCGGACGGAAAUACGACCAAAUAAACCAAACGAUAGAGCUUCCUUUUCUAUCAAUAGUAAGUACCAGUAUGUCAGACAUUCAAAUUGUCGAAAUGUGGGCGGGAUAAUGCAGUACUACUUAAUUCUUGUAACAACUGAAAUAUUUACCGGGAGAAUACCGGUCUAAGUGCCUGACACUACAGGUCCGCUAUCUCGCACACGUGCGCAAGGUACUCAUCAGUGACACUAAACGACAGGCGCCGCUGCUGUCAACCCUUGUCUGGGAUCGGGGAAUGAUCAUGCAGAAAGGCCUCUGAUGUUGGGAAGAAAUUACGCCGCUAGUGCCGCUUUGUAACGAACCCUCAAUGCCUUGUAUCUUCAAAAGCGAGUAGUAAAGCUGUGAGCGAACUUUUUCGGAAUCGGAGAUGAACUUGUAUCAAGGAGCAAUUCUCAAAUAUUAACCGUCGGAAAAUCAGCAUCAGUAGUGCCCCUGCUUUCCAGAUAAAGCAAAAAAGUGC